GCUCCCAACGAGCCUCGGAAUAUUUUUUUUUUAGAAAAAGAUCCUGCUCGAGCUCUGAUUUUUCUAUUGUUGAUUCCUCUCCCGCGUUCAACGGUCAGGAUAUUUGUGCAAAAAAGAAAACUGAAGGAAGAAGGAGGCAGCAAUGGUUUCUGCAACUCCAGCUACGAUGCUCAAGACCGCGUUCGCGCACGAGGCUAUGGAGCCGUUCUUCACCGGCGGCGCGGCGUCUGUGUGCGAGAACCAGAGCACGCUUGCGACUGCGUAUGGCGAGGAUGUUAUUAUCUCUGAUUUGCGGACCGGAAAACGGCUGCAGAAGAUAUCUGGGGACACCGAGCAAGUUACUACACUGGCAAUCUCACCAGACGGGCAGUUUCUCGUCGUGUGCUCGCGGUCACAGCAAAUGAGAAUUUUCUCUCUUCCGUCAGGAAAACUUGUGCGCGCAGUCAAAGCGCACGAGGGUCCCGUCAUCGUCAUGCACAUCGACAGCACGUCGACGCUCGUCGCGACCGGCGGUGCGGACGGCGUCGUCAAAGUCUGGGAUAUCGCAGGCGGAUCCAACACGCAUACUUUCCGCGGCCACACCGGGGUCAUCAGUGCGAUUCGAAUUUUUGGUCAGAAAGGCAGCACGCGGUGGCAGCUCGCGACCGGGUCUGACGAUACACAGGUGCGGGUUUGGGAUUUAGUCAAGCGGAAAUGCGUCGCAAUUUUGGAGGAAGGACAUGUUAGCGUUGUACGGGGGAUCGACUUUAGCGUCGACGGGUCGUUGCUGAUCAGUGGUGGACGGGACAAGGUCGUCAAUGUGUGGGAUUUGAAAAAAUAUAAGCUUGUCAAGACGAUUCUUGCGUUCGAGCAGCUCGAAACGGUCGGCUUUCUUGCACCGGGCACGUUGAGUGGGAAGACCGAGCAGCUGAUAUUCACGGGUGGAGAGAAGGGCAUCGUCCGUCUCUGGUCGCCUACGACGGGCGAGGAAGUGACGCCGGAGCAGGAAAAAAUUAUCACGACUGAGGAAGUCGGCGUGUCUGAGAUUCUUUAUUUCCCAUCGUGGCCGAGCCUGAUCUCUGUGCUCUCGGACCAGACCUUGAUCGAGCACGAUCUGGCGUCGAAAGACUUACCGGUUGCGCGCCGGCUGUGCGGUAAUAAUGGUGAAAUCAUCGAUCUGGCCUACGUCGGGCCCGUCGAUGACGAGACUGGGAACUCUGGGUUCCUUGCUCUGGCAACGAAUUCGCCCGAAGUGCGCGUGGUGUCGGUUGAGACGCAGUCGUCGAGCGUGCUGGUCGGACACACUGAUAUUGUGAUCUCGAUAGACGCGUCGGCGGACGGGCUUUGGCUGGCGAGUGCGGGAAAGGAUAAUGUUGCGCUGAUAUGGCGAUGGAAUGCUGAAGACGAUACGUUUAAACUCUACGCUACUUUCCGUGGACAUCUUGGGUCGGUCGGCGGCGUUGCGCUUUCGAGAUUAGUGGAGCAGAAUAAUGGGUACCCGCGGUUUAUGAUCACUGGCUCGCAGGACAUGACGGUGAAGCAGUGGGCGGUGCCGAAGCCAGCGAAGGGGUCAAGCUCAGGGGAGGUAAUUGAGGUUGCAAAGCCGGCGUACACGAAGAAAGCGCACGACAAGGACAUCAACGCGGUCGACAUCUCGCCCAACGACGAGCUGUUUGCGACGGCCUCGCAGGACCGGACGGUCAAGAUCUGGGAUUCAGAAGAAGGCGAGGUCGUGGGUAUCCUGAGAGGGCACAAGCGAGGUGUGUGGAGCGUGAAGUUUUCGGCAUACGACAAGUUCGUGGUUACUGGUAGUGGCGACAAGACGGUCAAAGUGUGGAGUCUUCGCGAUUUCACCUGCGUGAAGACUUUUGAAGGGCAUACAAACUCUGUGCUCAAAUCGAUCUUCAUCAGCCAGGGUCGGCAGGUUGUCAGCGCGGGUGGCGAUGGAUUGGUCAAGGUGUGGGAUGUGAAGAGCGGGGAGUGCAACGCGACACUGGAUAACCACGAGGACAAAGUGUGGUCUCUUGCGGCCCGGAAUGAUGACAAGGUGUUUGCGUCUGGCGGCGGCGACUCGGUGAUUACGUUCUGGACCGAUAUCACAGAAGAAGAGCUCGCGCGCAAAGCCGAGGAAGAAGAGGAGCUAGUCGAGAAAGAGCAAGAUUUGGCAAACUUCAUUUUCCGCAAGGAGUGGAAAAACGCAAUCAUCCUCGCGCUCUCGCUCGAUCACCCUGCGCGACUUCUGAACCUUUUCCGCACGGUGAUGACGGACCACCACGAGCCCGGUUCAGUUACCGGCCUGCGCGAGGUCGACGGCGUGCUCUCGUCGCUUGCGCCGGAGCAACUUGCUCGGCUGCUCCGCCGCGUGCGGGAUUGGAACACAAAAGCGCGGACGGCGACGGUCGCGCAGCGGAUUCUGCAUGUGGUGCUGGUGAGUUAUCCGCCGGAGAAACUGCUGGAGGUGCAGGACAUCAAGCGGACGCUGGACGCGCUGAUUCCGUACACGGAGAGGCAUUUCGGGCGGAUGACGGAUUUGGUGGAGGAGAGUUAUUUGGUUGAUUUCGUGCUGAGGCAGAUGGAUGAGGUGUUGACGCUAAAAGUUGAGGAUCUGUAGGUCGAGCAUGUUUUCGUGUUUUUUUGUUUUGAGCAUGGGUUUUGGCUGUUUUGAUAGAGAACGAGAAAAUAAUGUACGGCGUAUGUAUGGAGAUGUAAGAUUGGAGCCAUGCAAAUCAAAAUAAACGUGGAAUGUACA